GCAUUCUAAAAGUGAUGUGUGCAUUCUCAUGUGUCAGAAGGAGCUCCUUGUUUCCAGUAUGUUUAAAACUGGUUCAUCACUCAGGAGUUCGGAAUGUUACAAGCUGCCACACUUCUUGAUAGGUAACAUUAGUCACAAAACUUCAUGCUGAACCAGUGUUAUAAAACAACAGUAUUUUUUUGUUUUUUAUACACUUGGACGAAAUGGCCUCUAAGCUGUGGACAAAGGAGGAAAUUAGCUGUCCAGUCUGUUUGAACACCCUAACAGAGCCUACAACUCUUCCAUGUGGACACAACUUCUGCCUCGACUGUAUCAGAAAAUGCUGGGAUGAGAGUGGUAGUAUCAGCAGCAGAAGCAACGCGGUUUCCUGCUGUCCUUACUGUCGAGAGACAUUCAGAUUGCGCCCCACACUGACUAAGAACUCAAUACUGGAAAAGAUGGUGGAGAAGCUAAAGACUACUUUACUCGAUACCUCUCCUGGGUAUCCGUACGAUGGGCCUGAAGACGUGGUGUGUGACGUGUGUACUCUUCUAGGGUCCAGGAGGAAGGCAAAGGCUGUGAGGGCCUGUCGGGAGUGUAAGCUGUCCUACUGCCAGUCUCACCUUAGAGCCCACCUGGAUAUCCUUCUGUUACAGAAGCACACUCUGGUGGGUGUGGUGGUCAAGGAGCUGCAACUGGAGAAGCUGUGUCCCCAGCAUGACAAACCGCUGGACAUGUACUGCAGACUUGAGAGGAGGUGUAUCUGUUCUCUGUGUGCAGUUGAGGAACACAAAAGCCACCAAACUGUCUCCGCUGAGACUGAACGGGCCAAGAAACAGGCACUGUUGGCAGUGGAACAGAUCAAAUCCAACAGUAAACUCCAGAUGAAAGAGGAGCUGCUGACACAACUGGGAGAUGCUGCGGGAUCUCUUAAAGGAUUUGCACAAGCUGCAGUGGAGGUCAGUGACAUGAUCUUCGUUGAGCUGAUCCACUCCCUAGAAAAGAGGAAAGCAGAGGUGAGGGACUCCAUCAAAGAUAGGGAGAAGACUCUGGCUGCUCAGGCAGCAAGAGCAGAGACACGACUGAGACAGGACAUAACAACAAUGCAAAGAAGAAACAGCGAUCUGGAGAAACUCGCCCAAACACAAGACAACAUACUCUUUCUCCAGAGGUGGCAACCCAUCAGCCUGCUGCCGGAUCGUGAACCUAGUGUUAUCAGUGAAAGACAUUCAUUUGGAGCUGUGAUGUCAAUUAUCACUGAAUUCAAGGAGCUGCUUAAGGACAUGAAUGUUGACUUCUUAGAAAAGAUUAAACAAGCAGUUGCAAAUGUAGACAUUUUGGAAUCUCCAGUACCCAUGACCAAACCUCAGGGCAGGCAAGUGAGAAGAGCCCAUUCUGAAUGCCAGCCAAUGCCACCGGUGCCAUUACAAAAAGCAUGGAGCAUAAGCAGAGAUUUCACAUUUGGAAUUCCUAAGACCAGACCCGACUUCUUACACUAUACUUUUCAACUCACUCUAGACACUGAUACAGCACACCGCAACUUGUGCUUCUCUGACCAGAACCGCAAGGUGACUCUGGUCAAGUCCAGAGGUCAAUCCAGGACCAGGUCACGUCUCCCGAAGACCUUUGACUUCUGGGAACAAGUGCUGUGCUGGGAGGGCUUGACCGGUGCCCGUUACUACUGGGAGGCAGAUUGGAGAGGCAAAGGAGUGUUCAUUGGAGUGACCUAUGAGAGCAUUCAGAGGGGAGGCAGGGGACUAGCGUGUGGCCUGGGGUACAAUGUAAAGUCAUGGAGCUUACAGUGCUCUGACACCAGUUACUCAGCAUGGCACGAUAACAUUGAAACCAAGAUCACUGCCAAGGUCUCAUCCCCUAGAAUAGGGGUUUAUUUAGAUCACAAAGCAGGAACUCUGUCUUUUUACAGCAUCUCUGACUCCUCCAUGAUUCUGCUCCAUAGUUUUGUGUCAGAGGACUUCUCAGAGCCACUGUAUCCUGGUUUUGGUGUUGGGGUACAAUCCUCGUUGAUACUUUGCCAAUUGGGGAGACAACGACAAUUGAGGACAUAGACAUGCCAAUCACUCUUUGCAACUGACUUGUAAGAUUGUUUCACAUAUUAUUAGGCUAUUUUGCAUUCAGAACUACAAUUAUCCCAAUCUGUAAUGUAUCAAAGUUUUGUAUCAAGCUGCUCAGUGCCAUAUUUGUUAUCCUUAGCUAUCCAAUAUUUUCUGAUCUACAAGUUCCAAGGGGUUAUGGGGGCUUCUGGACAUGGUAUCCCUCAUGGUGUUGAUCACAAGAAUGCUUUAGUAGUAACCACAGUUAAUAACUGUUACAUUCCGGUACAUAGAUGGGAUUUAGAUAGAGCUUCCAAAGACCAAAAGGUGCCUUAUAUUAAUUUCAAAGAAACUAAAAUCCAAACAAAAACACAGCUAAAUUAAACCGAAGCAAAACAGGAAACCAAAAAAAGGCUGCUGAGAGAAUAGUCUAGUCCUUUACUCUCCAUAGUCAUAGUUACAAGCCAGGCAUCCACAGACGGCAGGGACUUUGUUCAAUAACUUAGCUUAGAACACCCGUGUUAAGGUCAUUAAAACAAAGACUAGUUGUUGAAAAGCUAUGGUUUGAAUUUCUUUAUUCAUGUUGUUCUAUUCACAAGGUUUUUUGUACAUUCAUUAUUAGCAAUAUAAAAACACUAAAUACAUGCAGGUUUUAGUGUGAUGAUCACAGGUUAUCAUACAAUAGAGCAAUCCCAUUAGUUUCAUACAUUUCAAAUAAAAAAAGACAGCUAAACACAAUACAAAGAAUAUAUAUAUAGAUAUAAAAACAAACGUAAAAACAAUUUUAUUUUCACAAGUAGUCAAUCAAAAGAAGUAAUCCACCAUUGGCCAGCAAUGUCCAACAUUUAAAUUACUGUUCAUAAAGACAAACUUCACUUAACUCUGGAUAUGAAGCCAAGAUGCUUCAUAUUUCCUUUCCUCAAUCAAAUAUUGACAAACCUUUCAAAUACUUAAGUAUCGCAAUUGUACAUUUCUCUAGAACAUAAUUUAACAUUCUUACUUCCAGUGAGCUCUCUAACUCCACUGCUUAGAAAACUAAGGGAUAAGUACCAACAAAAGAAAGGGGAUAUAAAAUAGCGGAAGUCAGUUGAAACUAAAAUGUAGGACAUGGUUUCUCUGGCUUGAGGUGUUGGGUCUUUUCUGCAUGGGAUCUAGGGUACUACAUUUAAAUUAUUUGUAACAUUUCUAACCUGAGAAGCUAAAUUCUGGGAUGUUGGCUUCCCACGCCUACAGAAACAGUAGAAUAGAGGCAAGACCACGUGGCACUUAAAAUGCUCAAAGCAGAGAAUGUUUAGUAAUUACACCUAUUAUUAUAAUGCAAUUGGGGGACAGGGAACACACACAUUGUGUAUUCACAACCCAGCAAAUUAAUUUCACUGAUUUUUAAUCAUGUUCGAUUAGAAGCCAGCAGCAGUAUAAGGCCACAUUCAAGAGUAGUACUUUAUUUGGUCAAAGCAGGGCCUGAGGCCAUUAUCGCCAAUCAAAUGAAGGUAAUGAAAAAGGACGCGAUUAUUAGGAGCAACAGGCAAUUAAACUGAAAGCCUCCAGAAACCUUCGCCUGAUGAUUGAAGUAAAUUCCACAGUAACAGAGUGAUCCUGAGACUCAAGAUGUUUCACUUUUAAAAAAUCUAUGGUGAACAAAAAACUGAUUGCAAAAUUAAACAAACCACAACGACGACUUUUAAAAAUGUUAAUUGAAAAUUUGACAAACACAUUUACUGUUCAAGUAGAUGUGUUUUUGUCAAAUGUUCUGUGGAAAUAGUUCAAAGUAGUCCUUGUGCAGAGUUGUAUGGUUUGUUUAACUUUGCAAUCACUGGUUUUUUGUUUGGCAUACAUUUUAAAGUCUUAGCAUCACUCUGCCCUUGAGCAAUUUCAGGAUAGCCAUGGCAUUGGAUAAAUUCCCCUCUUGUCAACAGCAACACAAAAAUCUUACUUUCACAUAACAUGUCUACAUAAAUAAUUAGCUACAUUGUCAAACAAAUGAAUGUGAGGAUUUGCAUUUAAUUAUUUGGGGGAUACAUUGUAAGGGGUAAAUUGGAUUAAUGCGAUGACAAAUCAUAUGAAUAAAGUAGUGUCAUCUCUAGUCAAACUGCUUUUUAUUUAUUUACUAAUGCAUAUGGACUGGUUGUACUAUAACUACUGGACUAAAAGCAAUGGUCUGUCAUUGCGCAACAGAGUCUCCAGAGCAAUACAAUUACAGGUUGUGCAAUAAAGUAGGGAUGCACUGAUGCCUCCACCUGUUGUAGAACAUUCACAUAUCCCACAUCUUGACCAGGCCACUUGCAACACAUACAAUGCAAUGGCAGACACUCCCCUCAAAGGAUAGAGGUGUGUGCCAAAUGACUAGAACAAACCACGCAAAAUAAAAGCAAAUAUAUCCCCUUUAUAAAUUGCAUACAAUUAGACUCACAUAACAAGUCGUGUUACAAAUAAACAACUAUUUGCUCCCAUUUGUGCUUAUAUUUAAAAGCAGCACUGAACAUGAACUUCGCACAGAACCCCAAUGAA